AUGAUUACGCGCCAAUCACCUCUUCAUCUCACCGAAUCUUUGUUUGGGAAUCCUGUGGACUUCGACGUGCUCAAAUUCAGGGGAGGGAUUACAGUAAGCACACCCGAGCAGAAGGCUUUCCUCAUGCAAAAUGUUCAGAUUAUUUUUAACUUCACUUUGAACUUCUCGAUCGACGAAAUCCUAGUCAAUUUCGAGGAACUAAGGAACCAACUGAACGCGGGCCUACAUUUAGCUCCGUACGAGAACUUGUACAUACGGCUGACCAAUCUAAAGGGUUCAACGGUGGCUCUACCGAUAAUCGUUCAGUCCCAAGUCCUCUUAGCCGUGGGCAUAAAUCCCUCCAAAUUGAGGUUAAAACAGCUUGCUCAAACCAUAACUGGGUCCCACUCGAAGAAUCUCGGCCUUAACAACACUGUGUUUGGACACGUCAAGCAAGUCAGCCUCUCUUCUAUGCCGCCAGCUAUUUCACCUUCACCAUCAACAAGCUAUAAUAAUAACCGUGGAGGAUCUGUGUUUGGGGGAGAGAGGGGAGAGAAUCACAGAUGCUGUUCCUGCACCUCCGCCAGCCUGUUGUCAGGGGAAGCACAAAAGACAUUCACACGUGGCGCCUUCUCAUUCGCCGCCUCCUAA